GGUUUACCCAUACUCGCCAGACGCUUGCACACGAAUCAUCAUCUGCAUGCUCCUCAAUAUCAGAAAUGUGGACGACUCAAUCUUCUCUAUUUCUCAGUUUGAAAACGAACCCCCACUUUCAAAGCUGGAGGAGCAUUUUUCUAUGGAACAUAAAAGCGCAUGCCAAACACACUCUAUGUUCUUGACUAACAUGUUGAACUAGUCCUGGGCCACAGAGAAACCCUUGUCAAAUUAAGUGAAUGUAUCUUUCAACAAGACCAGCCCUCGAUACCUAUGUUUACCUUCAAACAGAAAAACUCUUCAGUGCACGGAUGAAAACAGCAUAUUUCUUGGAGACUCACAGGUGUGUUGGUGCUGAUCGGUGCAUUAUCAGGUUUAAAAACUCUAAGCUUCAACUGUGAAAAUAACGAAUCUUCGUGAUAAGAUGGACUGUAAAAAUUCAGAUGAAGAGAUAGAUGAAGAUGAGGACGAUUCUGCACUGGAUUCAUCAAACAGCCAUGCAAUGCAUGACAUAUUGUAUGAAAACGUUCCUAACGAAGAGGAAACCAAUUUAACCGCAUCAACAAAUGAACACGGGGAAUUGCGCAUCAUGUUACUGGGUGCGAGAGGGUCUGGGAAAAGCUCCACCGGAAACACCAUCCUCAGGUGCAACACUUUUAAAUCGGAAAUGCAGCUGAGCAGAGUCACACAGUUCUGUGAAAGAGCGACUGGAAACAUCAACGGCCGACCCGUGGCCGUAAUCGACACGCCGGGACUGAACAGGAUCAGCCGUACAGAGAGGGACGUGACCCGAGACAUCCUAAAGUCCAUCUCUCUGUACACUCCAGGACCACACGUGUUUCUUCUGGUUAUGCCUGUUGGGAACUUAACUAAUGAUGACCAAAGCAUGCAUAAACUCAUCGAGAGCAUGUUUGGAAAGAGUGUCUGGAAGUACACCAUCAUCGUGUUCACUCACGGAGAUCGACUGGAGGGGAAGACGGCCAAUGACAUCAUCGCGUGCUCAGAUAAGGAGCUCCGCGGUUUCAUCCAUAAGUGCAGCGGUGGGUUCCUGUUCUUCAACAACAAGGACACGACGAACUAUGAGCCCGUGACAGAACUCUUGAAGAAAGUCGAGACCCUCAGGGCCAUCAAUGGAAAGGGCUGCUACGAUUUGACUUUUUACCCGGCCUCAGAGAGGAAGAUCCGGAAGAGAAUGGAGAAGAUUUUAGAGAAAAGAAAGGAAAGCAUUGCACAGAAGGAGCGAGAGCUGGUGAUGCACUGCACAACUGAGCAAGAGGUGGAGAGAAAAAAGCAGGAACUCUGGAGAAUGGAAGAAGAUGAUGCAAGAAAAAAGGCUGAGAAUCCAGCCAGGCCAAAAAUAGCUAUCAGUCUAGCCAAAAGACACACAUCAGGCCAAAAGACUUGCAGCUAGAAACAAUUAUUUCAUAAAACGAGUGAUUCUAUA